AAGUAACGACGUCGCUGUCUGGAGCUGGUCGCCUGAACAUCGUCUGCAAGUCUCCAACUCCAAGGGUUUCACACAGGAUAGGUACAGGGGGUGUUGCAAAAAUGUCUGGAGACGAAUUCGACUACUAUGGAGGUAUCGAAGGAGGUGCAACACAUUCCAAAAUGGUACUGAUUCGGUCGGAUGGAAAGGUUGCAGGCUGGAGUGAGGGUCCCUGUACAAAUCAGUGGCUCAUUGGCCUAGAAGAGUGCCUGAAGAGGAUCAGUGCGAUGACAGUUGAUGUCAAACAGAAGGCAGGAGUGGAAGCGUCCAAGCCACUCAAGGCUCUGGGAAUGUCGUUGAGUGGGGGGGAUGAGACCGAGAGCCAGCGGCAGCUAAAGGAGGGGAUAAAGACUGGCUACGUUGAUCUGACAAGCCACACAUAUGUUGCCGGUGACACCUUUGGAGCCCUUGCUACUGCGUUAUCUAAUGGUGGAAUUGUUCUCAUUGCUGGCACUGGCUCCAACUGUCAGCUGAUCAACCCAGACAACUCCGCCUUUCGGUGCGGAGGAUGGGGUCACCUCAUCGGUGACGAGUCUUCAGCUUACUGGAUUUCACAUAAAGCUUUGAAGACGUAUUUUGAUAAGGAAGAUAAUUUGGUGGAUUGUCCUUAUGAUACAGCAGCAGUGAAAGACAUCAUGUGUUCUUACUUUGAAAUAAAGGACAGACCAGAACUCCUCAAUUUUUUAUAUGCUAAGUUUGAGAAGGCCAAGAUAGCUGGAAUGUGUAAAGAAUUAGCAAAAUGUGCCAUGGAAACAAAGGAUCCUCUGUGCCUGCAUAUAUUUGAGGAGGCAGGGAAGCUUCUAGCUCGACACGUAAUUGCCCUCGGACCAAAGAUGGACAAGAAAAUCCUGGAAGGGGACGGAGGACUCCAUGUUGUGUGUGUGGGGUCGGUGUGGAAGAGCUGGCCGCUGCUGGAGCCAGGUUUUGUUGCGGUGAUGUCGGAGGGCGGCCCGAAGUUGGGCAUCUCGGAGGUGACUUUGAUGGAACUGCUGGUAUCCGGGGCGGUGGGCGCAGCCUCCCUAGCUGCCAGAGACAUCGACUUUGAUCUGCCUAUUGACUACAAAGCUAACGCCAAGAUCUUCUUCAAUAAGAAACUGGCAUGAUGACUGAUAUCUGCUUGAGACUCUGCUUCUCUUGCUUUGGGGAUUGGAUAAAGAUUUUUGAAGGCCUUAUGUGAAGGGAGUAACAAUAUUUCAUUCAGUGUGCUACAGAAGUAACUUAAUUGUUUGCUUUUUAGGUAGAAUUUUUUAAGCAUGUGGGAUGAUAUUGCAGGUGUAUGACCUUGGUCCAGCAAUAAAGAAAUCAUUUUUAGACUGAUAGUGAUGAUUCAUAAAGUUCACGAACUUUAUGUUUAUUUCCUGGUUUAUUGGUUUCUAGUAGGGAAAAUAGUUUAAAAUUCACAAGAAAGCCAAUAGAAUAUUGGAAAAUUUCAAUCACAUUUCUCUUAAAACUGAAGCACAUUGCAACUGCCUACUUUUAACUGACCAAUCAUUGCCAUUGUAUAGUGCUAUAUAGUCUCUUGUUACUUUGGUGGAUGCGCCUUACUAAAUUAGGAGGUGAUCUAUUUGUACUAGGACCAAAUUAGGAGGUGAUCUAUUUGUACUAGGACCAAAUUAGGUGAUCUAUUUGUACUAGGACCAAAUUAGGAGGUGAUCUUUUUGUACUAGGACCAAAUUAGGAGGUGAUCUAUUUGUACUAGGACCAAAUUAGGUGAUCUAUUUAUACUAGGACCAAAUUAGGAGGUGAUCUAUUUGUACUAGGACCAAAUUAGGAGGUGAUCUAUUUGUACUAGGACCAAAUAAGGAGGUGAUCUAUUUGUACAGGGACCAAAUUAGGAGGUGAUCUAUUUGUAAAGGGACCAAAUUUGGAAGUGUUCUAUUUGUACAAGGACAAAAUUAGGAAGUGUUCUAUUUGUAAAGGGACCAAAUUAGGAGGUGAUCUAUUUGUACAGGGACCAAUUUAGGAGGUGAUAUAUUUGCACAAGGACCAAUUUAGGAGGUGAUUUAUUUGUGCAAGGACCAAAUUAGGUGAUCUAUUUGUAAAGGGACCAAAUUAGGAAGUGUUCUAUUUGUAAAGGGACAAAAUUAGGAGGUGAUCUAUUUGUACAAGGACCAAAUUAGGAGGUAUUCUAUUUGUACAGGGACCAAAUUAGGAAGUGUUCUAUUUGUACAAGGACCAAAUUAGCUCCUUUGGCCCAUAGCCAACCGAAACAGGACAGGGACUGCUAUUGUUGGAAGUUGGUUGGUUAAGUACUUAAGCACAGUUGGAAACACUGUGAACACAUUUCAACACUUAACUUUUCACCUGAUCAAUUUUGGUUGUGGUUUUCACCAAUGGUCACAGCUGCAGAAGAUCAACAAGCACAGAUGUUCUGCAUAUUGCCCCUGUGGCUCAUGAUUUUAUUGGAAGCUUUACAUAUUUUUUUACAACUGUCCCUUUGUGUCAUGAUAGUUAUAUAUUAUGAAUGAUAAGUGAUAUUCUUUUGUAUUAAACAUGCUUCAUUUCAGUUGAAUUUCAUGUGUUUUUCAUAUCAACUGAAUUUCAAAUCAGAAAUUUCAUGUUGAAAGAUCAAUGUAUAAUUACAUUAAAUUUAUAUUAUUUUAUUCUUAGGAGGGCUUCAUUGAUAAGUUACAUAAUUAUUUGCUUAGAUUUGAGAUUUACAAGGCAGCUAAAUAUUUGUCGUGGACAGUACCUGAUGAACAAAUGUCUGUAUUAAAAACUUGGUGAGUUUUUUGUAGUGUUGCAUAAACAGGAUAUGUUUUAUGUAUUGAGCUUGUAAAAUCAUGAGCACUUUUCUAUAUUUAUGGUUGAAGGAUUUAUCAUUUAAAGAAGAAAUAAACAAGAUAAAAUCUUU